CUUUUUUUCUUUCUUUCUCUUUUUCAUUUUUUUAUGUCUUGUCAAUCCAAUUCAACCAACAAUAAAGACUUGAGCUGUCUUCGUUGCAGAAAAAAGAAAGCCAAAUGUUCCAAGACAAGACCAAGUUGUACACGAUGCCUUCGCUCAAAUCAACCUUGUGAAUACCCAGAUGCACCACCGAAUCUAACAGAUCUGUCACAAAAAGUCUUGACGCUCUAUGAUUCACUACGAGAACUCGAAGGCGAAUUUUUAGUCAAGUAUAUGCAGAAUAUGGAACCAGAACUGAGUGAAGAAGAAUCGGUAGAUGCGACACCUACGAUUGACACUACACAAGAAGAACAUAUCACGAUAGAGGAACCUGCUGGUUGGUCAAUGUCAUUUGGAUCUUCAGGCCUUUGUCUGCAAGCCGUCACACGCAAUCUAUUUGAAUAUCGCAUUUUUAUUAAAUCCAUAUCACAGCAACUGAUCAAAGGAUUCGGCAUGAAUUAUUUGCCUAAACUAUGGGAUCCAGAUGCAGAAGGAUAUCAUAGCGAAGAAGAUAUCGAGGAAGAGUUGGAUGAGGAUGAGUAUUUAGUGAAAAUACCCGCUGUGCCUAUUAGCCAAUUACUGAAAUCAAUGGAAAUAGAGGCAGCAAUAAAGAAGGAUAAGAUGAAUGAUAGAGUCAUACAGCGAUUUUUACAGUUGCAUUUACCUCACAUGAUUCAGCAUGUUGAGUCUAGAGAAUUCAACAAGGAAAACGGAAAAUAUGAUCACUUGGUGACGAUCAUGCAGCACCUCGUGCCUUUACUAAAAGAAAGGCGACUACCCAAAGAAGUAUAUGAGCUAUGUAUGAUUACAAGUUAUAUCGUAUCCAUUCAGUUACUCGCCAAACCAACGAUGACUUCAAGCGAGGUGAUAACACCAGCACCGCUACCGUUUAGUAUAUGGCAAGAUUGCAUAAACUAUCUUUGUUUAGAAAUGAUUGAGUUAGUAUUAAAAAAGGCCGAUAAAAUACCACAUAAACCAGUAUGCCUAUGUUUAUUGUUAUUAGCUUGGUAUCAAGUAGAUAUUAAUAAGACAAGAAAUGAUGUAUUAAUUGACCUUGGAAUAAGAUUAUUAUAUGAGGAUUGUGAUACAUCAAGCGAACUAAAGGUCAUGAUGAUUCAUCUGGACAUGUACUCAUCCAUCUUUCAGUCAAGAACAAGUUGUGCACUUGAAUUAUGGUCAACGAUAGAUAGAAAGGAUCAAUUUAGAGAAACAGGAUCAAUAGUGAUGUUGUAUAAAGCAAUACGUCUACUCUAUUCAACAACACAAUUGGAAGAAGAGAGAAAGAUUGAUGUGGAUGAAAUAUUGACAAUGAUAAAAGAAGUCGAGAUACAAGAACAACAAGGACAAGUGAACAUGAUUCAUUGGGUGACCAAGUUAUUAUUAUUCAGGCCUUUUACUUUAAUUAAUCAAGAAGAACAAACGUUGACCAAGACUACAUUUUUAGACAUGUCAUUAGUUGCAGCAGAUAGAUUGUCAAUAUGUCUUGGUAGAGAACAAAUGAGCGAUUAUUGGAUAAGGACAAGUAAAUAUUUAAUAGAGGAUGUGGGAUGUAGAAUCAAGGAGAUUUUUAUACAAGAUCAGCAAGUUAUCAAACAAGUAGAUUCAAUACUGAAUAAAAUAAUGUUAUAAACUUUGUACUGUGAUGGGUUUAUUA